CACCGCCGAUAUAAAUAAUUCAAAAGUGCAAAGCAUUGCAAGAGUCUUUCUUUUGUAACGACAUACUAUGGCGGUUACAAGUGCGCUGGUGUUAAAGCUUCUCUCGGAAAUUGCCAAAGAGGAAGUAAACGCGGAUUUAACCGUCACUAUGUCGGCAGCCUCGCAAGGUGCCAUCAAAGUUGGUGCUACAACAUUGAUAUCGUCUCUCUUUCUCGGUCCAGUCGGCUUUAUAGUCGGUUCUGUUGGUGGUGGUGUGUGGGCAUAUGCUACGAGCUCAAAUUUUAAGCCGUUGCAUGCUGUUCUCGAAGAAUUGACUAAAGAAGAGAAAAAUAGACUUGCACAAGUUGCUUUAAAACAUGCAGGAGAGAUUGGGUUGGAUUUAGGCAUGGCGACCUUGUUGACAAGUUCUCCUGAAGCUAGAGCAUUUCUUGUUGAAGUUCUGAAACGGCUCGGUUUAUCAGUUAAAGAUUGACGAUAAUCAGAGAAUUUAGUCUCAACGAAACUCGAAUUAUACAAAAAUAGUGCAAUGCCAACUAUUCAUCGAAAAUUCCUGAUAAGAAAGUAUUUAAUUUAAUAUGUGUUUACUUAGUAUAUUAAAUAAUGAGUACCAUUCUUGAUCCGCGUAA